AUGGAAGGAGCUGGAGACAAGCCCUCUUUAAAUCGUCCUUGCCUGCCAUUCAAAGCUCUAGAGAGCUUCUUAUGGAGCCAAGCACACAUCUCCGACCACCAAGCGAGUUGUCACGAGAACACGAAGCAAACGGAAGAGAACUCCGCUCCGUUCGGUAAUGCGUCGAGUGGGUUUGCUUUGGUCAAUCAUGGCCAUCUCGCGGGCGAUGCGAUCUCGUGGCAAGGUCACCCGGACGUCGAGGCGAGCUUUGCUGACGGUCUGAUCAUGGAUGCCGGUUCCUACGGGAACAACUGGGUGGUGGCGAAUGAGCCAAACCCUAGAGAGGGUGCGAGAGAUGAUCGAGUGGUCAAAGUGCCGGGGAAGAGCAAGAAGUUGGCGACGGGGAAGAGAGUCAAAAGAGGGUCUCAUGCGACUCUCAUCAAAGGACAGUGGACCGAAGAAGAGGACAGAAAACUGGUGAGCUUGGUGAAGCAAUAUGGAGUGAGAAAAUGGGCGCAGAUUGCUGAGAAGUUGGCUGGUCGAGCCGGCAAGCAGUGUCGCGAAAGAUGGCACAAUCAUUUGCGACCAGACAUCAAGAAGGACAGCUGGUGCGAGGAAGAGGAGAAAAUACUGGUGGGGGCUCACGAGGAGGUCGGCAACAGGUGGGCUGAGAUCGCCAAACGCAUCCCAGGCCGCACUGAGAACGCCAUCAAGAACCACUGGAACGCCACCAAACGCCGCCAGAAUUCCCGGCGGACGAAGCUCGGCCUCCACGGCGGUCAGCACCACAACACCACUCAAAGCGGUGGCAAGAACAGUAAUAACAAUAACAAUAACAAGCCACAUUCUUCCGUCCUUGAAGACUACAUCAGGAGCAAGAACCUCCACAACACCGCCACCGCCGCACAAGCACAGGCCAAGAAAGCUGGACCUAGCCCCACUGAAUGCAAUGACCCGCCAAAGCAGCAGUUCCAUUUCUUCCUUCCGGAGCUGUCGGAGACGUAUGACGAUGAGGUGCGUUUCAUGCAGAAGUUCUUCCCGGCCAGCAACUACGGCGACAACCGGCUGCAGCUAGGCGAUGUGACUGGGAAAGACCGCCUUAUAGACAGGCCGAGCAUGGUGGUUCACACCGACAACAUGAUUGAAGCAACUGGUGAUCAAGUGAGUCCCGCCACCAACGCCAAGAGCCUCCUGAUGAACAAUCCUGACCUCUAUCUGUCUUCCUUGUUGAACGGGGUGGAUUAUCACUCGUCUUGCUCUUCUUCCAAUUCGGUUGGGUAUCACUGUGGCUAUGGCUAUGACUACAAUGGUGCGAGCGGAGGGACGGCGGUGGCAACUGAUCAGGCCUUCACGCCAUACGGUGGGAGAGAGAUGGAUCUGAUAGAGAUGGUGUCUUCCUCUCAAGUUUCCCAGGGUAGCAAUUAGCAUGCAUGAAGCGCACUGCGCUAGGGUUUCUGAGGGUCGCUAAGCUUUUGGGUCGACAUG